CUUUUUUUUUCAUUGAUGCACAAGAGGAAAAAAGGUCCAUUGAUCAUUCUUUCAAAUAAUUUUAACAAAAUUUAUAAAGAACAUAUACAUGCUCGUCUCAUUGCUCUCCCCAGUUUACCUGAACUGUAUAAAACAACUCUUCCAAAUUGCAAUGAUGUUGGACAAUUUAUGUGCAUAAAUGGAACUGUUAUACGGGCAUCUGCUCCAAAAAUGAUUGAAUACCGGAAGUCCUGGAGAUGUACCAAAUGUAAACAUCAAUUUGUCAUUGAUGCUUGUGUGGAAAAAGGUUACAUUUGUGAGAAACCAUUAGCAUGUCCAAAUCCUGAAUGGUGUAAUGGAAAAAAUUUCAUAUGUAUGAAUACAGAUAUAAGCACAAAAUUUUGUAAGGAUUACCAAGAAAUAAAAGUGCAAGAGCAAGUUCAAAAUUUGGCGAUUGGUUCUGUUCCUAGAUCAAUAUGGGUAAUACUUGAGGAAGAUCUUGUAGAAACUUGUCAUCCUGGUAAUGAUGUAAAUGUAAGUGGGCUUUUAAUUCAGAGAUGGAAGCCUUUGAGGCAAGGAAACUGUCUUGAUGUUGAUUUGGUAUUGCUUGGCCAUAAUGUUGAAGUAAAGAACAAAAUGUCUUCAGGAGUAAUUUGUAAAGACACUGCUGAAGAAUUUGGUCAGUUUUGGUUGGAAAAUGCAAAAGAUCCAUUGAAAGGCAGAAAUUUUAUAUUAGCUUCUAUAUGCCCACAAGUAUUUGGCUUGUAUAUUGUAAAAUUAGCAGUUGCAUUAGUACAAGCUGGAGGUGUAGUGAAAACAGAUGAAAAUUCCCGAAUUAGGGGUGAUUCCCAUCUAUUAUUAGUUGGUGAUCCAGGUACUGCAAAAUCACAGUUUUUAAAAUUUGCAUCAAAAGUUUCUGCGCGAUCUGUUUUGACAUCUGGCAUUGGAACAACAAACGCUGGAUUGACUGUAUCAGCAGUGAAAGAAAGUGGGAGAUGGCAGUUAGAGGCUGGUGCUCUUGUUUUAGCAGAUGGAGGUAUGUGUUGCAUAGAUGAAUUUAACAAUAUUAAAGAGCAAGAUAAAACAUGUAUUCAUGAAGCAAUGGAACAGCAAACAAUCAGUGUGGCAAAGGCUGGCCUGGUUUGCACUCUGAGCACUAGAUGUUCAAUUCUUGCGGCUACUAAUCCAAAAGGAAAAUAUGAUAAAAACCUGAGUUUGCCUGAAAAUACGGCUCUGGGAAGUCCAUUAUUAAGUCGAUUUGAUAUUAUUUUAGUGUUGUUAGAUACAUUUGAUAGAAAUUGGGAUGAAAUGGUUUCAUCUUACAUUUUGAAUGGGAAAAAUAUUUUAGCAGGAACAAAUACUGAUUCUUUGUGGUCAGUUACAAAAAUGAAAAGUUAUUUCUCUUUAAUCCGGUACAUAAAUCCAAGAAUAACACCAGAGUGUGAAAAAGUACUUCAAACUUAUUAUAAAAGACAAAGAGCUUUAGAGGGAAGAAGUGCUGCACGUACCACACCUAGAUUGUUGCAAAGUCUCAUACGCUUAGCUGAAGGACAUGCUAAGCUCAUGUGUGAUGAAGUUUUAGUCAUUGAUGCUGUAUAUGCUAUUAUUUUAAUGGAAUCUUCAAUGCUGAGUUUUUCCAUUCUUGAAGGAAUGAGUCCUCUUCAUACUACAUUUCCCAAUAACCCUGAAGCUGAAUUUGAAGACAAAGCUAGGACAAUCUUGAGAAUUUUACAACUAGAUGAAUUACUGAGUAUUUCAAAGAAUUACAAACAAUUUUACCAAGACUUUAAUGUAAAAAGAUUGUUACUGAAAAUUUCUUCAGUUUUCAAUUCAACAAAAUUAUCUUAUUUGUUUGAUAGAAAUAAUGAAGAGGACUUAAUUAAAGGCAUGGGAAUUUACAAUGAAAGUUGUUCAGCUUAUUUUGACAAUGGUGAUAUUGACAGAUCUGGAAAUGCUGAUUUUAAUUUUGAAAGUAUUAAAUUAUUAAAAGGUGAUGGAUUACAUAGUACAGUUGAGCAAGAAACAAAAAAUCUUAAUGAGAAUGUGUAUAAUUCAUCACUCUUGGAUAAAAUAAAAGAGAAUAAAGCUUUAUUUACUCUUGAAAAUGGUAAAGAAUGUAAGAAUCUGCAUAAAAAUACAGGUGUGGCACAGAAUUCAGAGCAACUGAGAAAUGAAAUUUCCACUUUAUCAGAUUUAAAUAAUUUUUAUGAUGGUGAUCUUGAAGCAUCUAAUUUAGAAGUUGGCCAUUUUCAAGAUGAUCAUGUGCAUGUAAAUGCUAAAAAUAUUUCUUUGAAAGUAACAAAUUUUAGAGAAACUAAUGAAAAAAAUAUGUUUAAUUUAAAUUCAUCCAAUCAAAUUAAUGCUUGUGAUAAAUUAGCAAACAGCUCUUUUGAAGCUGAUUCUAUGAUGUCUAACCAGUUGGACGAAAAUUUACCUUGCGAUACAUUAAUAUCAACAAAAAAAGAAAAAAUAAAUAUCUUUAAAAAAUUUGCAUUCAAGAAAAAUUCCAAAACUUUAUUAGGCCCAAAUACAUUUGAAUGUUUGAAAGAUAAACCAGCAUGUGAAAAUAUUCAUUCUGUCCAUGCUAAUUUGUGUUAUGAAAGUUUACAAUCUUCUAAAUCAGUUGUGGUCGAAAAAGAUAAAAUCACUAAAAAAGAUUUAAGAUUGAAUAACUCAAUAGGAAGGAAGAGAAAAUCUACUGAUUUGGAUCCCUGUAAUGAAAUUUCUAAUUCAUCUUCAGGUAUAGGAAUGUCAUCAGAUUCUUUAGUUGCAUGUGUUGGCAUUCCUAAGAUGGCAACUAACAAUUCAGAGCAAAAAGAAAAUUUUCAGAAACCUUCUUUCCUAAAUGAGAUUAAAUCUGGAGCUAAAAAUCAGGCAUUGAAUACAAUUGAACCAAUUAAUAAUAAAUCUAAUUUAUCAAAUUUUCAAAUGGCAAAUCUUCAUAAAGACAAUAAAAAGACUUUAAUUACGCCUUCUGUGAUAGCAAGUCAUAGUCCAAAGCCUAGUAUUUCAGCUAGAAAAUCAUCUCAAUCAGUAUUUAGGAAGAUAUUUUGCAGUUCUUUGACACAAGAUAACUUUGAUUUUGAUUUAGAUGAUAUUUAAGUCUUGUUUUUUGUUGUAUAUUUUUAAAUGAAUCUUAUUUAUAAUACCCAGAGUAUGCAAUAUAGUUCUGUACCUAUAUUUUUGGAAGUUUAUUACUUCCAAAAUUCAAUUUGUGCUCUUUUUAGCAGAUAUUUGUUAACAAAAACAUAAAUUCAGUUUUUGUCAUUUUGUUCAGUUGCUUUUUCAGAAUUAAAUCCUUAUUAUUUCCUUUAUUGGCAUUUAUACAUGAAAUAUGUAAAAUGUAUUUUCAUGUAACAUAUUAAUGAUAUCUGUAUUUCAGCAGUUAAGCAUUUAACCUUACUUUUCAAUCAUGUAACUAACUCAUUUACGUAACUUUGUAAAUGGAGAAAGUCAUGUCUGUGGCAUCGUUCUUAAAGGAUGCCACACAUAUGACUUUGAAACGUUGAUCUUUCCUAAAGGUAGAAUUGUUUUAGCUUAGCAUUCUCAUAGACUGGUAUAUCUUUCAGAUGUAUUUUCAAAAUAAAAUGAAUUAAACCUGUC